GUUCGCAUGAAAACUUGAAAUCUUCCUUGCUUGGCGGGAGGAACGACGGAGCGACAGCUGUCCUUCACUUUAGAUCCCCAGGCAGUGGUAGACAUGGACGUAACAAACGACGUGCACUCUAACAGUGUUCUAAGAGGCCUGAACGAACAGAGGGGGCGGGCAGAGCUGACUGACGUGGUUCUGGAGGUGGAAGGGAGAAGUUUCCCCUGCCAUCGUGCCGUCCUGGCCUCGUGCAGUCCCUACUUCCGUACCAUGUUCACCAGCGGCUAUGCAGAGGCCAAACAGGAGAGAAUCAGCAUCCAGGAUGUGAGCGGGGUAGCCAUGGCAACCAUUCUGGACUACGCCUACACCGGCCGCCUUCAGACAGAGCCAGACCAGGUCCAGGCUGUGAUGUCUGCUGCCAGACUGCUGCAGGUGGAUUUUGUAGGUCGUAAGACAGCAGAGUACAUGAAGGACCGUCUGGACGUGUCCAACUGUGUGGAUGUGUUGAUGUAUGCUGACAUGCUGGGGGACUGUGGUCUAGUCGAGGCCAGUAAGAGGUAUAUGGCAUCCAGGUCAGUAUGA